UUCAAAAUAUAACACUUUAAACAUAAAAUAAAUAAUUAAAUGUAAAAUUAAAAAGUUCCUUAACGUCCUCUAGGUUCAUAAGGGUUAUUAGUAUCAGCUUAAGGUUUAGGUUGUAUGGGAAUGACAGCUUUUUAUGGUUCUUUUAAUAGAUCUUAAACUGAAGGUGAAUCUUUGAAAACAAUAGCUACGGCAUUAGAACAUGGAAUUAACUUUUUAGAUACUGCUUGGAUAUAUUAAUCUUUUGGCUAAGGUGGUGGAGAAAACUAUACUAAUGAAGAAUUAAUAGGAAAAGCCAUUAAAAUCCAUGGUAGAGACAAAUUUAUUAUUGCAACUAAAUUUGGAAUAGUCAUUAAUGAAAAAGGAAUGGGCUAUUCAGGUAAAGAAGAAACUAUAAGAUCUUAAUUAGCUGAUUCUUUAUAAAGAUUAGGAACAAAUUAUAUCGAUUUAUAUUACUAACAUAGAAUGGAUCCAUAAACUCCUAUAGAAGAAACUAUGGAAGCUCUUAAAAAAUUAGUACAUGAAGGAAAAAUAAAAUACAUUGGAUUAUCUGAAUGUACACCUGAUGAACUUAGAAGAGCUCAUAAAAUACAUCCUGUUACUGCUAUUCAGAUGGAAUGGUCUUUAUAAACGAGAGAUUUAGAAUAAAAUAUUAUUCCUACUGCAAGAGAAUUAGGUGUUGGUAUUGUUGCUUAUUCACCUUUAGGCAGAGGAUUAUUAUCUAAAACUUUUAAUACUGGAGAAAAAUUGGAAUAAGGAGAUUGGAGAAAUAAUGUACCUAGAUUUAAAGGUGAGAAUUUGGAAAAAAAUAUUCCUAAAAAAUUUUUUGAAAAAGCUGUAGAAUUAGGAUUUUCUCCUGCUUAAUUAGCUCUUGCCUGGGUUCAUUCUAGAGGUAAUGAUGUUUUUCCUAUUCCUGGUACUAAAACUUCUUCUAGAUUAGCUGAAAAUGCUAAGGCUGCUCUUAUUUAACUUAGUUAAUAAUAAUGGAAUGAAAUUGAAAAACUAAUUCCGGAUGUUGUUGGAGAUAGAUAUUAAGAUAUGAGUUCUACUUUUAACAAUCGUUUAUGAAUAACAUUAUUUCUAAUAUUUACAAUUAUUUAACAAUUAUUUUUAUUUUAUAUAUAUAUAUUUUUUAUCUAAUAUAUUAUUAAGUAAUAUAAAAAAAAUUUAGAGAUAUAAAUACUU